AUGGUUUUUUUUUUGUUAUCAUUUAUUAAAUAGUAACAUUUUUGUUUUUGCGACAAAGCAUGUCUAGUUUUCAUGAGCAUGAUUGUCAGUUUCAUAUGUUAUAUUUUAAUAAAACUUUAUAUAAGUCACUGUCCAGGAAUAUGUUUAAUCAUGAGAUGUUUUCUUAGUCACUGCAGCAAUUCUCGACUUUGUUGAUAACUACUGGAAGCUUUCCUGUAAAACCUGAGGUUUAUGGCAUGCUCUUACAGAUACCAAUUUUAUGUUGUUGCUGUAUUUUAAAGUAGUUCUGUCACAUCAGCAACAUUGCUUGGGUGAUGAACACACAGUAAAGUAGUAAAUGCGAGAGAAAAAGCUAUGUUAUGUUUUGUUACGCUGAAACCCCUUAAGUGAUGUUUUCUUUGGGGGAAUGCGUUUUAAAACCAAAAUGAUUCACCGACACAUUAUUGUGUUUAAUACCUUUAAGAGGUUUUAGUGUAGCUGUGAAAGCUUAUAAUGCGGUUGCUAUGUGUGACUUUCAUUAGUUUCGUUAGUUGCUAAACAAAUAGAUGGAAACUAGACGGCAAUGAUGUCAGCGUGGAUGAAUCAAGCCCAUGUACACUCCAUUUUCUGCAAUAUUUGCCUGUUGUUGCUAAUAAAUGUAGUUGUGCAGAUCUGUGCAUAUAAUGAAAGUGAAAACAGGAUAAGGACCGUCGAUAGGAAUCUAUGAUAAUUGCUUUAUGAUUAUUAUAUUUUUGCAGUUAACCUGUACAUUGGCAGAAAUUGCGGUUUUAUUGUUCAGAGACGGUCAAAUGAUCAUAUGAUUUUCUCGGGCACAACAUUAUUUAGUGUUAUUAUAAAUGAAGAUGCUCCAUCGGUCUCAAAGCUCUCAACCGCUCUGACAGUCCUGCGAUUUCUGUGGGAAAGUUUGUCUCACAUAUUUUGAAGAGCUUUCAUAGUGAAAGCAGAAGGAAGACUUCGUAUUCCUCACAUGGAUUUGGAAAUUCAUAGAAGUCUUAAGAGAAGAGUGUGGAAAUAAAAGAGUUUACAGUUUUUCCCAAUUGCUUGGUCGCAUUUCCUUCAAACAAUAAUACGUAUCUGCAAAAAUAAACACUGUGCCAUAUUAGGCAGACCUCGAAACUAUUUAAAACGUGGAUUUUUAAGCCAAAUUCAAGUUGAGUUUAUUACGCAUUUAUCGCAUGUUCCCGUAACCGUAUUAUUGUAAUCAAUAGAUGUUACAGAAUUGAAGAGAACAAAGUUCAUACAUGGUAAAUUUGUGAUGUAAUGUACAGUAAAAAUAAAAAAGUAAAGUAUUUUGAAUAAAAUCUGUAUAAUUAUUUUUUUUUUUCAUUAUCCGUUUUCAAAGACAUUUCAAAAAUCAUAAUGCAUGAAAUACAUAUUUGGUUUCAUCAGACAUGUCCAAAUACCUUGUGAGGUGUGUUUAUGUUUUUUUUUUUUUUCAGUUUAUUAAACUGAGUUUCACAGACACUGGAGUAUGAAGAUUCCAUUGUGGGUGUAAGAUUGUGACAUUUGAUAGGAACCGUGGUCAGACUGUAAUUGGACUGCUGUCCCACCCUCCUUGAGGCACAAUGCCACGACUAGCACAACUCUUGACCUGCCCUCAUCAGCAGGCUCUCUGGGUCGAGUAUAUAAGCAUGUUAAAGAGGGAAAGCUGCACACAAAGUUGCAAACUGAGAAAAGAACCUGGAACGAAGGUAAAAAUGGGGAACCAGACCACUAAAGCCAACAGGAAUAUAACGCUGCACCAGGCUAACCCGAAUACGCAAUGGCAGAACGGUAAUGUAAUACUGCAGCAGAUCAAGCCGCAUACGAAAUGGGAGAACAAUAAUGUAAUACUGCAGCAGACUGAAUCGAAUAUGCAAUGGGGAAACAAGAAUGUAAUACCACAGCGGAUUACGCCGAAUACGCAAUGGGAGAAAAAGGUGAUUCAGUGCCCAUUUUCUAAGCAAGUGAAGAACUACCAGGAUGGCUCAUGCCAUCAGGACACAUUACAUCACAAAGCAGUUAAGAACCAGAUCUGCAUGUCCGAAGUCUGUGAAGGCUCUAUUAUGACUCCAAAGGCUAUGACGCGCUGUCCCUCCUCUGCUCUGCCAAGCUCCGAUGACAUCCUUAUGCAAGCUAUUGACUUCAUCAAUCAGUACUACAAGUCAAUUAAAAACUCAAAAGUCGAGGAGCACCUGUCUCGUUUGGAGGAAGUUGCAAAGGAAAUAGAGGCCACUGGCUCAUAUCAACUCACUACAAAAGAGCUGGAAUUUGGGGCUAAGCAAGCAUGGAGAAAUGCACCCAGAUGCAUUGGCAGAAUCCAGUGGGCUAAUUUGCAGCUGUUUGAUGCACGUAAAUGCAGAACUACUGAGGAUAUGUUUCAGAUGUUGUGCGAGCAUAUUCAGUUUGCUACCAAUGGAGGUAACCUGAGGUCUGCCAUCACUGUGUUUCCUCAAAGAACCGAUGGCCGACAUGAUUUCCGUGUAUGGAAUAGUCAACUCAUACGAUACGCUGGCUAUAGCAUGACAGAUGGUACAAUAAUAGGAGAUCCUGCCAGUGUUGACUUCACAGAGAUUUGCAUCCAGCUUGGAUGGACGCCCAGGUAUGGUCAGUUUGAUGUGCUUCCACUGGUGUUACAAACUAACGGAGAGGACCCUCAGUUUUUUGAAAUUCCCCAACAUUUAAUUUUGGAAGUUCCCAUGGAGCACCCACAGUAUAAGUGGUUUAAGGAUUUGAAUCUCCGAUGGUAUGCGUUACCUGCGGUGUCCAACAUGUUGCUGGAGAUUGGGGGUCUUGAAUUCCCAGGGUGUCCUUUUAACGGUUGGUACUUGGGCACUGAGAUUGGAGUGAGGGACUUCUGUGAUAACCAGCGCUACAAUGUUCUUGAGCGGGUUGGCCGUCAUAUGGGUUUGGAGACAAAAAACCUGUCCUCACUAUGGAAGGAUCAGGCUCUUGUGGCUAUCAAUGUCGCAGUGAUGCACAGUUUUCAGAAAAACAAGGUCACCAUUACCGACCACCACUCAGCAUCAGAGUCCUUCAUGCAGCACAUGGAGAUGGAGGUGCGUCUGCGAGGAGGUUGUCCAGCCGAUUGGGUCUGGCUGGUGCCCCCAAUGUCUGGAUCUCUAACCCCUGUCUUUCACCAGGAAAUGCUGAACUACAUCCUGUCACCCUUUUUCUACUACCAGCCCGAUCCAUGGCUGACACACAAGUGGAAGGACAAGAAGAGAAAAGAGAGAAGGCAUGCAAUCAGCUUCAAAGGAUUGAUCAGAGUAGUGCUCUUCUGUCAGACGCUCUUUAAGUCAGCCCUGGCCAAGAGGGUGUGUUGCACUGUUCUCUAUGCCACAGAAACGGGGAAAUCGCAGACUUUUGCUAAGAAACUAAACACCAUGAUGAAUUGUGCCUUCAGCUCCCGGGUCUUUUGCAUGGAGGACUACAACCUCAGUGAACUUGAGAAGGAAAGCCUCUUAAUUGUUGUCACCAGCACCUUUGGCAAUGGAGACUGUCCAGGAAAUGGAGAGAGUUUCAAGAAGCAGCUUCUCAGCCUGAAAAACCUCAGAAACAAAGUCAGAUACUGUGUUUUUGGUCUGGGCUCUCGAAUGUACCCACGCUUCUGUGCGUUCGCCCAUGCAGUGGAUGCUAGGUUUGCAGCUCUGGGAGCCAUCCGUGUGUCCACCACAGGAGAAGGAGAUGAGCUGAAUGGACAGGAGGAAGCUUUCUCAGCCUGGGCUUGUACCGCCUUUAAGGAUGCAUGCAAAGAGUUUAAUAUUCAAGGUCAGCUUCCAGGAAAAGAAGGUCUGGCAGAUUCCUGGGAUCCACAGAAACACAAAGUCCAGAAUGACAGCUGUACACUUGAUCGAAUCACAGCUCUGUCCGCUCUCCAUUCUAAAGCCGUGGUUCCCAUGAAAUUAAAGAGAAGGCGGAAUCUACAGAGCCCAAAGUCAAGUCGUACUACAAUAUUAGUGGAGUUAGAGAUGGAUGGGAACACAGAGACCUUAAACCUGGUCCCUGGAGAUCAUGUAGGGAUUUUCCCAGGGAAUUCACCUGAAUUAGUAGCUGGGAUCUUGAAGUAUCUGCCCAAUGCCCCUCCUAUCAAUCAGAGCCUACGCUUAGAAUUCCUCAGUGCUUACCCUGAUGGCGAAAGGUGGCAGAGAAAUGAACGCAUACCACCAUGUCCUCUUGCCCAAGCUCUUACCUACUAUCUGGAUGUCACCACCCCCCCCUCACAAAGCCUCCUCCGCAAACUCUCAAAGAUGGCAAAGCAGGAAGAGCACAGACAGCGUCUGCUUGCAUUAGCAACAGAUUUCCAAGUCUACACAACAUGGAAGGAGUUCCACAGACCUACUUUCCUUGAGCUUCUAGAGGAGUUUUCCUCUCUGGAACUUUCUGCUGCCUUUCUUCUCAGCCAGCUGCCACUGCUGAAGCCACGCCUCUACUCUGUCAGCUCCUCCCCGGACCUCCACCCCCAAGAGCUCCACCUCACUGUGGCUGUGGUCAGCUAUUACACACAGGAGGGAAAAGGUCCACUGCAUUUUGGUCUCUGUAGUACCUGGCUCAAUACCAUCAAAGAAGGAGACAUGGUGCCAUGUUUCGCUCAUAGCUCUGAUGGAUUCCAUCUUCCUUCCGACCCUAGUGCUCCCUGUAUUCUUGUGGGAGUUGGGAGCGGCAUUGCACCCUUCCGUAGCUUUUGGCAGCAGCAAUUUCAUGACUUGAAAAAAACUGGCCUGAAAAGGAAUCCAACAACGCUCGUGUUCGGGUGUCGAGGAUCAGAUACUGAUCAUCUUUACAAAGAGGAGACUCUGGACAUGAGAGAUAAUGGCACCCUAAGCAGUGUCAUACCAGCCUAUUCUAGGCAAACUGGACAACCCAAGGUUUAUGUCCAAGAUAUCUUACAAGAACAACUGAAUGACAAGGUCUUUGAGGUUCUGCACCAUCAUCCAGGACAUCUGUAUAUCUGUGGAGGUAUGAACAUGGCCCAGGAUGUGGCUGCCACUAUAAAGGAAAUCUUAGUCGGCCGGCUGGGCAUCACUCUUACUCAGGCUGAGGAAUACCUGUCAAGGCUCAAGAAUGAAAAGCGGUACCAUGAAGACAUCUUUGGAUCCUAGUGCUUGAGAUCACCUGGACCACCUCAAGCUGUUCAAUAUCCAAACAUACCAAAAAGAUUUUAAUCAAUUCAAAUUUGUCUUUUUAUUUUCAUACAGCUUCCAAAAUAACCCUAAAACCUCUCCUAACUUAAAACAAAUAAACAAACAAACAAAUAUACAACAACAGUAAGUUUUGGAAUGUACCACAUUAUAGAGAAUUAUUAGCCUGUUUGUAAAUGAACUGUAUUAUAUACUGUAUUAUUCGUUUAUGUUUAAGAUAAAUGCCUUUUUUGUUUGUUUUUGGAAAGACUGAUCUGCAUUCUUUCCAGACUAACUUGUAAGUGCAGGGACAAUUACCUUGGAGCUGAAAAUGGAGUUCCUACAUAGUCUAAGACUAUACGUGUUCAUCAUGCCAAAUUAUACUUUCAAUCGAGUGUGUUUAUUGUUAAAACUCUCUUUUACAAGUGUUACAUAUUACAGUUUUUUUAAAUCUUUAAUAUUGUGUUCAUGUUAAAUAUUGCAUUUUGUAAUAAACUCU